AUGGUGCGUGAUGUGGUUUUCGAUCAAGAAAUCAUCGAUGUAAGCAAGCACCCUAAAAUGUCUUGUACAUUUCGCGUUGGAGCUAAUGGAGUUCAAUACGUCGAGCCAAAGUGGAAUGGUGGCUUAUUCAACGCUCAUCCUGAUUACUACAUUCUUAGUGUGCAAAAAAUGGCACAAGAUGGAGUGAUCACAACUAGUCUGGAAUUGAAAAAAACAGUGUACGAUCAAAAUAUCCUGGGUAGCUACUAUUGCGUUUUUUCAAUAAUAUCUAAACUUGAAGUGACUGGAGUUCCAUUACUAUCAGCUUAUUGA